AAUUUCUGCGCGGCACCUCUAGAAAAUUGGGCAACUGCUCAAAAUGUGGAGGUCAUCGUCUAGCGGGAAUUCCCUUCGGGGGCACCUGCAGAACGCCCUCCAGUUCCGUGAGGACCCGACCUAGUUUAGCAGGAAUACUUAAGCCUCCAUCGGAUGAUCCUUACGAUCAAAUGCGACGAAAUCGUCUAGUCGAGCCACGAUCAAGGACUAGAAGUAUUUCGCCGAAUCGUCAAAAAGGACAUAGAGACAUAAGAAGUCAGAGUGUGAUGCGAGGUGCGAAUACUCCCAAUCAGGAAGCGUCAUCGUCGCGACUAGAAUGGUACAAUGCAGAGACGAAUUUCGACGAAACUGACAGACAAAAAACGAAUUAUUCUAGUUUAAAUGACGAGUGGUCAGACUCGAAAAACUUUCAAGAAAAUCGAAAUACCUUGGGACGAUUGGUGCGUGGUUCCAAGUCGCGUCCGGCAAUUGGCGAAUGGCAGGAAGUGUCGUCAGGUCGCACGUCAGCGGAGGAAAAUUGGAAGAAUACAUUCACGUCGAAAACUACCUCCUCCCCCACCACCGCCGCCGCCAAUGAUUCUAGAAAAAGUAUUUUGGAGUGCAAUGUCAAUCCCUAUUUGUUGGUGAAGAAAAAUCCCAAGGACGAAGACGACCUCAGCGAUGAUCUUUCCGACAAUGCUCUCGAGCAUUGUUCGAAGGACGAAUCGCCCUGUUGUCUUUUUGACUCCUCGAAAGUAAAGUCCAUCGAGAGGAUACCAAAUCGAAGCGCCGUGGCGGCAAUCGGCGGUCAAAGAAUAAGAGUCUUCAAUGAACCGAGAGAAAUAUCCGACGAGGAAGAUUUUCCUAUGACUGGUAUUCCAAUACCGAAAAUUUCUCCAAAGAGGCCGCCGAGAAGAUUGAAGGAGACCAAGACUGUGUUGAAAAGUAUUUUAAAGCGAGGAAGAUUCGAAGGUAAAAGAAAAAAUGUCCUCUUCAAUGUAGAUAAUGUCAUCUUCGCUCCGGAAAAGUUGCUCCUCGAGGCAACAACUAACGUUUCGCGACGAACGAGCAGAAGUUCAAUUGGAAGUAAAGAACCCGAUGAGUCGGCGGAGGAGCCAAUCGUGCUCGAGCCGCAGAUUGUCGAGAAACCCAAGUUUAUCACCAUUCCGAACAUUAAAGAUCCAGGCAAGCAAGAAAGACCAAAAAUGCCGGAAACGAAGAUUGUAUCCAAAGUUAAAACCCUACAGCCCAUUGAGAAGAUCAAGAUUGACAAGUUCGUGCCUUCCAAGAAACUCAACAAUUCCGAGAUUCAUCGAAAGAUCGAAAAGAUCACGGAUUUGAAAAUUGAGACGAAGAAAAAUAUUCUCCCCUCCGAGACGAGGAAAAUGGAACAAAAUCGUCACAAGGAAAAGAAAGUGAAAGAAGUGAAAGAGAAAAUAAUUCCAAUCAAACCGGAAGAUGAGACAGAGUUGGAGAUCGAAAUCGAGGAAUUAAAACGUCAACUCGGUGAUAUUGCCGUCGAUGAAAAGGAUCUUAUUCUCAAAUCUGAAGGAACAUUAAGACAACCGUACUUGAGUCGAAGCCAAAGUGAUCGUACGUCAUCAAAGCCGGAAAUUUCCGCUGGGGACAUCAAUUUUGUAGAUACGAUGCGUUUGAGUCUCUGCAAGAAACCGAAGGAAACGAAGUCAUCGAUGUCUCCGACUCCUAAUGAAAUUAAAGAGGAAGAAUCAAUCGCUAUUCCGAUCACUAAUGAAAUUCAAAACAAAUCUCUCGCUGGUCCAAUUCUGAGAAAAUCUAAUGAAAUUCUAAAUGAAUCAACACCAGGAUUUGAGAAACAAUUAUCCGAAAUAAAUCACAAAGGUGAUUCUAACAAUUUGCUACAGAAUUCGAUUCAUUUUCGAAAAAUGCGUCCAACAAAUUGGUCCCCACCUCCAUUGAAAUCGAAAAAUAUUAACAGACUUAUCAAGACCAUCGAUCCAGACCAACGACUAAAUACAAUUACCUCAGAGGUGAAAAAAAACAUGAAAAAUAUCGAAAAUGAAAAAUCUUUAGACAAUUCCCCUGCGAUUGAUUCGAAAAAAAUAGAAAUCAAUCAAGAAAAGAAUAUUUGCAAGAUAAACGUGAGUCCAAAACUUUCACCUCUUGUUCAUCGAUUACAAGUUGGAUCAAAUAUUCCCACGGGUUCGAGGCGAACGUCAAUUUUAAUCAAUGGCGAACAACAGAAUGCUUCUGGAAAUGAUGCAGGUAAUAAGGUAACAAUAAGCGUUGGGGGUGAAAAUAGUGUCUGUAAUCCCACAGUGAUAUCAGUGAACUCUGGUAAUCUUCCAAAGAUCCAGAAUUCCUCGGAGAAUCGAACCCUCGUUAUUUUAGAAAACUACAAAUCGAAUAUUGUCAUUGAGUCAAAUUCAAAAGAAAAGAACAAAUUCGAAUCUGUUGAAAAUUCCAACGAUAAAAUAAAUCCCAAAGUUUCGAAUAAUAACCUCGAUGUCUUUGAUCAUGAAGAGACAAUAAAAACAGAAGGUAAAAAUCGACUUCAAGAUCUUGAUGAUUCGGCAAGAUGGUCCACUUUAUCGAAAGAAUCGCUUAUAUCAAAGCUCUUGGAAGACUCGCUGAGAAAGGCGAGGGAAAACGGUGAAAUACUCGACGAGAGUAGUGGUGAGGCAAUUUUGAAAAUUCUCAAACAAAGUCUCUUGAAAAGUAAAGAAUACGAGAGCUCGGAAUCGACUCUUGAACCCGAUAAUAAUUAUUGUAGAUCAUCUAGUCUAAAUUCUGAGAAUCAUUUCAUGUCACCGAAUCUUUUUAUGGAGGAGAAUCCCUAUGAAGUGAUUAAGGAGCCGAUCUAUGAGGAAAUUCCCGAUGAACCGCCACCACUUCCAAUGAGUCCACCGCCGACGGAGGAUUAUCUCAAGGAUCGUAUUUACUUUGGCGAUGAAUACAAGGAGAAUUAUUACAAAAAGACGAAUGGUGGUCAAUUUCUUGGUUUCUAUUUAUCGGACGAAAUGUUCAAAAAACCCACUCAAAGUGAAUUGAGAAGUGAAACGUACUUUUCCAAAAGUCCGGAGGAUUAUUUCAAGAAGGCCUCCUCACCACCGGGCGAUGAGAAUUUAUCGACGAAAUUUGAACUUUUUAAUUUCCUUAUCAAUUCCAAAGAUCAUGUUGUGCCUAUGGAGGAGGAUGAGGACGAGGAGGAAGAUGAGGAGGAUACUGAGAGGGAUUUGGAGGCACUUUAUGAGCAGAAGGAAACUAGCCUCGGUGAUCUUAGUUCCAAGAGUUCGCAAAUAUCCAACGUCUCGGACAGCAGUGAGGAGUGUAAUAUUAUUCUCACCAGUUCUCCGGAAACAUUAAAAGCGAGGAGCGUGGAUAUUGAGAGAACAGACAGUGGCGUAGGUUCAGAAAGCAGCCAAGCCAGCAGCACUCGGGGAAUUGGUUGCAGAAGAUGGAGAACAGGAAAUACUUCUUCAGGACCCGGAAGUAUUAUUACUUGUCUUCCUCAAAUCGCUUCGGACAAUAGUAAAUUCUGUGAAGACUGUGAACAACGUAUCGAUCCACAUAUAAUAGACAACGCCGCGUACACGUCUUUCGUGUGCAGGAAGUGUUUGAAGAAGCGCGCUGAACGGAAAGAGAUAAUCACCGAAAUCGUGGAAACGGAGCAAAAAUACGGAAGAGAUUUACAGAUAAUUCUGGAGGAAUUUCAUCGACCAAUGUUAAGCGCCGGUCUUCUCACACCAGAACAACUGACAGCUAUUUUUUUAAACGUCGAAGAACUUUUAGAGCAUAAUUUAGUUCUUGCUGAGAAACUUAAAGAUGCUGUUGAAUUUGCUCAAGAAUCCGAAGACGAAGACUUAAUAACCGUGGACGUGGGUAAAAUCUUUCUUGAAUCGGAAAGGAUGCUUCACGCUUUUGAAAACUAUUGCACGCGUCAAGGAAGUGCUAGUUUACUUCUACAGAGUUUGGAGAAGGAAAAAGAAUUACUUAGAAUAUUUCUUAAAGUUUCACAAAUGGAAAAUACUGUUCUCAGGAGAAUGAAUCUUAAUUCGUUUCUUAUGGUCCCGGUACAAAGGGUAACGAAAUAUCCACUCUUGAUAGCUCGACUUUUGAAAGCGACUCCAGCGGUUCGUUUAGACACGUUAGAGGCGAGGAAGAGAUUAAAACAGGCUCAAACUAAUAUUGAGCUUCAUUUAGAACACAUGAAUGCUGAAGCCAAAGAUGUGACAUCAACGAAACUCUGGCGAAGGAUAUCCAUUAUUCAGGGAAGACGAUACAUUGGAGAACAGGAUAUGGUAAACAUAAAGUUGAGAAAAAUGGCUGUUGAAGUACUGGAAUGGCCGCACGAAGAAGCAAGAUUUGUGUUGGAAGGUCGACUUCUCAUAGCACAACCAACGGAUAAUAAUUGGAGACGAGGACGGACAGUCAAACUAGCUCCGGUCACUGCUAUGCUGGUCACCAAUGGAAAACCAAACACAGAAUUUUUAGACUUUUCUGAUGAUUCUCUUUUUCCCAAGCAAACUGGAAUUAAGGAAGCUACUCUUCUUCUCGUUAAGGAAAAAAUUGGAAGAUAUACAUUGCUUCGGGAACCUUUAUAUCUGGACAAAUGCAUAGUUUGCUGUGAGGCAGAUCUUGAAGAUUAUUUUGAAAUUCAGGAACUUUCGUCAAAAGAAACUUUCAUUUUUAAGGGCGAGGACGGUGCGAGAACUAAGCGAUGGUGCAGGGCCCUGCAGUCCUAUGCACAAUCACUCGGUGCUUGGCGUCGACGUCGAGGAGCUCUACCGAACAUCAUGAUCUGCGGUGUAUCUAGAAGCUAGACUUGAAUUGUUCCUAAAAAAUUAUUUUUCUACUAAAAGAAAAGAAAUCCAUUAUUAAAAGUUUCAUGAAAAUAAUUUUUAAUUUCAAAUCAGAAAAAAAAAUCUUGCUUUUUACACGCAACAAUAUUAUAGUACGUUGAAGAAACUGAGUUUCCUACGUAACUGUAAAAAAAAAGAAAGAAAUGUCAAUUUAACGGAAUGUGUGUAUUGAAAAUACACAAUUUAAUUUUUAAAAAAAACAUAAUAAUAUAUUUUCUAAACUUAAGUCUAUUUAAAAUAUUUUAAUUUUUUUUGUCCACAAAAUUAUGAGUAGCUGUGAUAUUGACCGGUGUAUUGGGGUUUGCAACUAAUAUCUGUGAAUUUGGAGAUGGAUUUUCUUCAAAUUUCUCAGGCAUUUUUUGAAACUGUGUUAAUUUAUGUUGUGUGCAUUUACAUUAUUGUCAAAAUACCGAUUACAAGACAUUAUUGUAUAUUGUAUACUUUUAACUUUUAUUUAAAACUUAAGCCAUUUUGUACAUAUCUAUCUAUAUCUAUAUUCACACUUUAGUAAAAAUAAAAAUUCAUUCAUUCGUUACCGACAUGUUUUUUUUGGAGUCACAUUGUUUUCUUCUUUUUUUU